AUGUCGGAUUUAGGAAAGCUUACUUAUUAUCUUGGAAUUGAAGUGUCGCAGAGCAAGGACGGGAUAAAAAUUAAGCAAGAGGCGUAUGCAAAGAAAAUACUGACGGAAGCUGGUAUGAUUAACUACAAUCCUACUAGUGUUCCCAUAGACCCGAACGUGGAAUUUUCUAAAUUUGAAGACGAAGAAGAUUUUGAUGCAACGAGAUAUCGAAAGAUUGUCGGGUGUCUCCGGUACCUUUUACAGACUCGACCAGAUUUGGCGUUUUCGGUCGAAGUAGCCAGUCGGUACAUGCAAUGCCCGAAGCAAUCUCAUGCAACUCUCAUCAAGCAAAUUCUUCGCUAUUUAAAAGGUACUUUUAGUUAUGGCAUUACCUAUACUCGAGGAGAAAAUAUGUUGGUCGGUUACAGCGAUAGUAGUCACAACAUAGAUCCGGACGAUGGAAGAAGUACUACGGGACACGUGUUUUAUUUUGGGUCUUCCCCAAUUACUUGGUGUUCUCAAAAGCAAAGUACAGUUGCUUUAUCAUCGUGUGAGGCAGAGUAUAUGGCGGCUAGUGCAGCUGCGUGUCAGGCGGUUUGGCUAAAAGAAUUAAUUGGUGAAUUACUCGACAAGAAAAUUCAAGCGGCGGUGUUACGUGUUGAUAAUACAUCGGCAAUAGCUCUCGUGAGGAACCCGGUUUUCCAUGGAAGGAGCAAACACAUUAAAUCUCGGUUUCACUACAUUCGGGAAUGUGUUGAUCGUUAA